CUCAAAAAAGAAAAAUAGAGUAUAAAAACCGACAUUCAGUCCCCAAAUCCUACGCCACUACCACCACCGCCACCACCGAUCCUCCUCCACAAUGUCCGCCGCCGUGGAGGCGUACAAGGUGUUCGUAGGGUACGACGAGCGCGAGGACAUCGCGUACCAAGUUUGCCGUCAUUCCUUGCUGAAGCGCGCGUCGGUCGCAGUAGAGGUGAUUCCGAUCAAGCAGGCGGAGCUACGGCGGCGCGGACUGUACUGGCGCGAGAGGAACAAUCUGGAGAGCACCGAAUUCUCCUUCACACGUUUCCUGACGCCGUACCUCUCCGAUUUCCGCGGAUGGUCGCUCUUCGUCGACUGCGAUUUUCUCUACCUCGACGACGUGAAAAGCCUCUUCGACCUCGCCGACGACCGGUACGCGUUGAUGUGCGUCCACCACGACUACACGCCGGCGGAGACGACGAAGAUGGACGGCGCGGUGCAGAGCGCAUAUCCGCGCAAAAAUUGGUCGUCGAUGGUUCUGUACAAUUGCGGUCACGCGAAGAACAGAGUGUUGAGUCCGGAGGUCGUGAAUGGCGGAUCAGGAGCGUAUUUGCACAGGUUUCAGUGGCUGGAGGAUUCGGAAAUUGGGGAAAUACCGUACGUGUGGAAUUUUUUGGUUGGACAUAACAGAAUAGUUGGGAAUUGGUAUCCGAAGGCGGUGCAUUACACGCUGGGGGGGCCGUGGUUUGAUGAGUGGAAGGAUUGUGAGUUUGGGGAGCUAUGGUUGGCUGAAUUGCAGGAUUACGAGGAUGAACAGAGGAAGACGAAGACGAAGACGAUGAACAUUAAGGAUGAGAAUGUGCAGAUUCAUAAUGUUGCUGUUGCUAAGAGUGAAUUGAUUGCUGAGACCUGACCGACCUCACCUCACAUUACCAGAGGGGGGCCUAAAAGCACAUGUAAUAGCAAAGGAUAUGAAGAUUGGAAGCACAGAAUCAUGAGAAUAAUAAUCUUCACAUGUGAAUCAUCAUCAUAAAGCUUUAGACAGGAGAUGAAACAAAACAGAAAGUGUGUGUGUGUGUGUUUUGUUUCCAUUCAUGAUGAAUAAUUAAGGUUCUGUUUACUUUGAGAUUCCUUUCUAGUUUAU